UACUGUGAUAUGGAUACUUACAUGUGAUAUUAAUUGUACUGUGACAGUUUAUAUAUAGAAAGACUGUGUAUACAAGCCUCCUUCCCAUAUACACGAGGGAAGUAGUCGGAAAAGCAAAGCAACAGCAAGUUUAUUUUUCUUUAUCAUCUUUGCCGUAGAUUUGGAUCGUGUGUCUCAAGCCUCGAGUGAAGCCAAACAGCUCAUCAGCAAGACCAAGAGUCACUACAUAACGGAGAACAGGUCCCUCCCACCGGAGAUAGCAAGCCAGCUGUCAAAUCUUGAGUUAGAAGCGGAGAGCACGGAGGCGAAGAUGGAUGACCAGCACGUGGAGGCGAAGCGGGCGCGCACCAUCCGCUUCGAGUACAACCGCGACGUCGAGUCCGUGCAGGCCUGGAUCCAGUCGGCGGAAGCCAAGGUGCAGGACAAGACCGUCGAGCCUCACAAGCUCAAGGAAUUCCUGCAGGAGAUCCACUGCGAAAUCGGCAGCGUGACGGACCAGCUGGAGAGGCUGACCCGCCACGGACACAUGAUCUGUCAGCGCACCAGCAACCAUAACGAGCGCGAGCUGGUGGCUACCACCAUCACGUCCCUCACGGAGCAGCUGCAGCAGGUGCGCAACUGGCUGGAGGACAAGAAGGCGCAGGUGGGCGACUCCCUCGAGUCGUGGCAGCAGUUCAUCCAGCUUUACAACUCGCUGCGAAGCUGGGUGGAGAGGCAGAGGAACUUCCUGUCGGAGCCGCUGAAGUUCGCCACGCUGGCCGAGGGCCGCGCCAAACUGCAGGAGUAUGCGGCUGCCGUGAAGGACUGCAAGUGGGCCAGCAAACAGGUGUCUGAAAUGACAUCAGAGCUGGCCAAAAUCAGCCAGAUUUCGAACGUCGGGCCCCUGACGGACAAGCAAGCCGAGAUGGAGCAAGAGAAAGCGGACGUGGAGAGCAGCCUGAAGGAGCUGAUGGCUCUCCUGCAGGAGAUGACCGAGGAAUGGGAGCAGUGCGAGCGGAAGUCGAAGGACGUGGCGGGCUGGAUUGAGAAGACCCGCCAGGCGCUGGACAACCCGCAGAACAAGAAGCGCUCUCUGCGCGACCAGCUGGCCUCCCGCGAGAAGGCGCUGGCCGACGUCACCAUCCAGAAGACGAAGCUGGUCAUGGCCAUGGAGAAGCUGCAGGUGCACUUCCGAGACCGCAUGUGCGCCGAGGCCCAGGUGGCCCACGAGAACGAGCUCCUGCAGGCGCGGCUGGAGGAGUUGCAGGCCACCGUCAAGGAGGACUGCAAGACGCUGGAGGCCUGCGUCCACCAGAUGGAUGCCUACCAGCAGGAGAUUCAGCGGCUCCGACAGCAGAUGGUGCGCGUGGAGCAGGAGCUGAGGGUGGUGUCGAGCCCAACGUACAGCCCCCGUGACAGAGACAAGGCCGUGGCGGAGCAGAACGUGCUCCAUGGCCAGUAUGAAUCUCAGCAACGACAAAUUGUCGAGCUCACCCAACGAAUCUACCAGAUUGACCCCAGUGCGGUGAUUCCGACCGAGCUAACGCUAGACACGACCGAAACGAGCACUACUCUUACCUCUUCGCUUGACACGCCCCCCGACGAGGAGGCGGCCCAGGCUUCCCUUCUGCAAUCUGCCAGGCCUGUAUGUGCGGCCGACUCCUCCGCGCAGGACGUCCAGGUUGUGAUCACGCAGGACAUCAUUACAGGCGACAUGGACGCCAUGGAUUCCGAAGUGAAAACGCUGACGGCGCAGAGCACGAGGAGCGGCCAGGUGCAGGUGGACGGCCGCACCAUGAUCGUCACUCCCGACGCGGGGCUGCAGAUAACGUGGGCCGACGUGGCGGCGGGACGCAAGAGUCCUUGCAUAUACGGCCAGACCUUCGAGGAUGGGAGCGUAGCGCCUCCUUCAGUGUCCCCAAGUCAGUAUGCUGGAGAACCCAGCGCGACGCCAGAACUUAGCACGUCGUCGUCCUUGCCUGUGACACCAACUUUAAAAGAGGAAUCAGUGAGAGAGGAAAGUGUUGUUGUAAGUGUUAGUGUUGAUGAAAUGCAUGAAAGUGUCUCUGCAGAGGCUGACACGACAGCCACUGCUAGUCAUGCUGUAGGGCCUACCUACAAAGAUGAAAAACAAGUGAUUCGUGACCGUAGGAAUCGUCAGCAAGACCGCCAACAACAGUUCGCCAAGACACAGAAGUCUCAGAGUUUCGAGCAAGAUGCAAAGGCGACCCGACGUGUUCAGCAGCGGGAUCGUCGGCACCGGAAGAAACAGCCGGGAGAGCAAUCGGGAGAUCGUCCUUCUGAGGUUCAGGAGGAAGUCUACUAUGAUGCCUCUAGCCGUAGGAGUAGCCGAAGGAGCAGUCCAAGAAGUGCCCCAUACCCCAAGCCCAAAUUUAGUCCAAGAGAAAGUCCGAAAGAUACUCCCAUGGUUACUCCGAAGUCCAGCCCUACCCCCAGUCCAAAAGCAAGCCCUCAAGUGAGGCGACGCGCUAAUCAGAAGAUGGGAAGUAGGACUGAGAUGAUAGAACAGCCCAGGAAGAUUGUCCAGGAAGAGAAGGCUUACAGGUCUGUCCCGACAACACGCUGGGAUGGAAAGAUCACAUAUGCUGAUAUUCUCAAGGGCAAAUUAGAAGCACAUGGACGACAGGAUGUUGACGAUAAUACUAUCGAUUAUGGGACUGUAGCUCAAAAUGUACAAGCUCAAAAUGAGGUCCAUGCAGUCAGUAUGGCCGAAAUAACUAGUCAAGUCACUUCCCAUACUGUAACUACCACAAUGGUCUCUUCGGCUGUUGUAUGUGAUAUGUCGGAGUCUAUGACCCACCUUGAUCAAGAGGAAGAAUGUGCUGUACCAGAUGAGAUGCUGCCCAUCAGCGACACUGUAGAUUCCCGCACUAUCAGCCAGCACCAACCUGAAGAAGUAGUCAUGCCAUCAUAUUCAACUUACUCUGAACAGGACGCCUACCUUAUUGACAACAUAGCAGCCCCUCCAUCUCAUGGAGAUCCUUCAUACCAGGAGGCUGCCACUGUGCCCAUGUUCCAGCAUGGAUACCCGGUGGAUGUACAGAACAUACAGCCUCCCAUGAAUCCCAUACCGACAAUGGAAAAUUCUGUACAGGGUAUUGUCAUGAAUAGUAAUAUCGACCCCAUCAACUUUUACCAGGGAAUGGGCCAGUAUCCUGUUACAACAAACUAUGCACCUGAGGGAUAUAAUGUGCAAUCGUAUGGUCAGAUAAAUGACUAUCAACCAACAAGUGAGACUAGCAAUGACUACUCCAGUGUAACUCUAGAGCAACCUCCUCCCGAGGACACCACCACUGUGAACGUAAUGACAACUCAACCAGCUGUGACCCCACCUAUGAUGACCCCACCUGAAACCCCUGAUCAGUACCAGGAGGAGGAGGAAGUAAUAGAACAAGAAGAGCCAGUGCAAGUCCCUUCCAUGGUGUUUGAGCCAACUCAAGCUCAAAUGGAAGAAAGCAUGGCCUCCAAGCAGAUACCUCCUGAACUCAAACAACAGGCAUACAUCACCACAGAGCAGCUUCAGUCAGUGAUGGCAGACCCAGCAUCGGCGAGGCUGUCAUAUGCUCAGAUCCUUGCAAGAGGUCUAAAGGCGGCCCCUUCAGCUGUUGUCACACAUACAUAUGGAGCACUGAAAUCAGUCAUGUCAUAUGUGAAGGGACCAACUCCUGAGAAAGUUACACAAACUGAACAUAAGAUCGAAUAUGGAGAAGCUCCUGGCAAGCAAAUUAUUGACUACCAAACUUCAGUCACACAAUCAUACACAUAUGAUAACGAUAGAUCACGAGGUAAGAAGAGGACAUAUGAACCUAAAAUCGAAGUCCCUCCAGUCAAGAUUACAGAAACAAAGGAACCUAAGAAAGAGGAGGUUCAGCGCCCUGAGAACUACAUCCCUGGCCUGCUCUUCAAGGAGGACGGGAGAUCUCGUUCCAAGAGUGCCCGAAGAAGGAAGGCAGAAAUGGUCUAUGAGGUGGAAGAGGUCCCCGAAAUCAAGAGGGAGAGGAGCACAGAGAAGCACAGACGCUCCAGUGAAAGAAGAGAAGUGAAGAGUAAACGAGAAGUAUUCUUUGAAGAAACACAGCCUGAAGAAACCCACAUGGAAGUCACAUUGCCUGUGGCACAAGAUGUUUUGUCCACGACAACCUCACGAUCUUCUAAGAGCAAAGAUGAGUUUGUGGUUACAGAAAUACAUUAUGAAACAACUCCUGAGACGCCGUUUGUGAUUGAUCACUGGGAAAACCAAGAAAAGAAGGAAGAAAAGAUUGAAAAAAUAAAGCAGAAGACGGUUACUGCCGAUGAAGAGGAUAUGAAACAUGAAGAAAAUGACACCAGAUCUCUUAGUAAUGACACAAAAUCACAUGACAGUGAAGAAAAGCGUAAGAAGAAGAAGAAACGCAACAGAUCUAACCCAAAAGAAGAAGAGGAAGAUGAAUUAGAAAAAGCACUCAGAGAAAUUGCAGAAAUGGAAAGAAGUGGCAAGAUCCAGCCUCCUCCUGCUCCAAAGGAAGUUUCUGUUGAAGAUGACAAGCCGAAACGCCGAGGUUCAAGAAAGACAAGGAAGACUGAACAAACCUCAUCAGUGAAACAAGAACAAACUUCUAGCGACACAUCACUAAACGAACAGAAAUCAGAAGCGACAGUUAAGCCUGAGAAAGUCAAGAGAGCCCACAAAUCUAAGACUGCAGAGGAUAAGAAACCAGCUCCAGAAACCAAGACUAGCGAGCCUGAGAAGCGCAAAUCCGCCUUUAAAAAGGCCAAGAGUGUGAGCUUUAACUCAGAUGAGAAAGAAAAAGAAACCUCCAAACUGUCGCAAGAGACAAAGCUGGCAAAAUCAGAUCAUGAGGAGACAGUGGUAGAAUCUGCGCAGACUCAGAUGAAGGAGGAGCAGAAGUCACCUGUCCCUAAGAAAUCUAAAGUUUCUUCUAAACAUGCAAAGAAGCCUGUUGAAGUAUCAGUACCUGUGCAAGUGGCAGUGUCCUCUAACGACCAACCUAAUGAUGUCCCUGUUGACCCUGUAGCUGAUGCUCCUAACCUAUCCCUGUUCGCCCCCAUAACUCCUGUAGAUACUUGUUGUGUAUCUUCAGUAGAGACUCCCUUCUCCCCCUCUGAGGCCAUUCAAGUUGAGACCAGUGUCGGGUAUGAUGAAAGCAUUUCGUCAGAGAUGGUUGUGAAGGAGCAGGAAUGGAACCUCUCACGUGAUGGUGCGGCGGUUGCCCCGUCGGAGAGGUUACUUGCCUCAAUUACAUCUCCUGACCAAGUCAGCGCCUGUCUGGAACUCAAAAAUGAGGGUGGACUUCCCCUCAGCACUGUGGACACUCAUGAUACUUGUGUGGAACUGAAAAUGACAAGCGUUUCUACUUCCGAGGAAACAGCACCAGCAGAAGAAAUAACUGGACCUCAGACUCAAGAGAAACCAGCAGAAAAACCUGCCUUUGCACUUCCCAUGCCAGAUCAUGCAAAUGACUGGAUGGAAGUCAUAGAGGAUGGCGGUUUUACUCUUGAGGAUGAGGAUGAGGAUAUCGUUGAAGAUAAACAAGAACCUGUCGCCGAGGUCCUUGCACCUACACCUGAAGAAACUAAACCUGAUGUGGAGUCAAGUAUUAAACCAGCCUUUGGCCUUCCGAUUCCUGAACAUGCUGGAGAUUGGAUGGAAAUAAUUGAAGAGGGAGGUUUUACACUGGAAGAUGAAGAUGAAGAAACAGUAAAAGAUGCAGUUGAAGAGUCCCAGCUAAGGAAAGUAAAGACAGUCACAAAUGAGACAAUCAGUAUCCCUGAAAAGGAAGAGAAGAAAACAACUGAGGAAUCUGAGAAGACCACUGUUGUGAGAACUAUCAAAAGAAUCAUUAAAAAGAUUGUGAUCAUUGACGGCAAGCCUGUAGAGACUGAGGAAGUUGUGGAGGAACCUGAAAAUGCUAGUGAGGCAAUGGAUGAGGGAACAGUUGGAGAAUCAGUCAUCACCAAGACCAUAACUGAACCAAGGGAGAUAACCACCACCCGCAAAAUCACCAGGAGAAGAAUAAUUAAGAAAAUAAUUAUGGUCGAUGGUAAACCUGUCGAAACUGAGGAAGUUGUAGAAGAUCCUGAGGAAGUGAGUGAGGAUACAGAAACAUUGCCAGGGGAUUCGAAUAUUACUGAGAUAAUGACAGACCCAGAAGUGACAACAAGAAUUGUAAGAAGAAUCAUGAGAAAGCGAAUCAUUAAGAAAACUGUCAUAAUCGAUGGGAAACCUGUAGAAACUGAGGAGGUUAUCGAAGAACCGGAAGAUGUUUCAGAGGAGAUCGUAGAGGGAACACAACCAACAGAGUCUAUGAUCACUAAGACUACAACAGAACCUGACAUGACAACCACUCACAAAAUCAUCAGGAGAAGAAUCAUCAAAAGGAUUAUCAUAGUCGAUGGUAAACCUGAGGAAGUUGAAGAAGUUGUGGAAGAACCAGAGGAUAUCACUGAUGAAACAGCAGAGAGACAACCCUACCAAUCUGUCAUCACAGAAACUAUUACAGAACCUGAGGUGACCACAACUAGAAAGAUCAUUAGGAAGAGAGUCAUCAAGAAGAUCAUAUUUAUCGAUGGUAAACCUGUCGAGACUGAAGAGGUUGUUGAGGAACCCGAAGAGAUUAGUGAAGAGGAGCUGCAAGCUUUACCUGAAGGCUAUGUUACCACCGAGACCAUCACAGAACCUGAAGAGGUGAUAACAACUCGCAAGAUCAUUAGGAGAAGAAUUAUCAAGAAGAUCAUUAUAAUUGAUGGUAAACCUGUUGAAACUGAAGAGGUUGUUGAGGAACCAGAAGAGAUCAGUGAAGAGGAGCUGCAAGCCUUACCCAAAGACUAUGCUACAACUGAGACCUUCACACAACCCGAAGAGGUGAUAACAACUCGCAAAAUCACCAGGAGAAAAAUUAUCAAGAAGAUCAUUAUAAUUGAUGGUAAACCUGUUGAAACUGAAGAGGUUGUGGAAGAACCUGAGGAAGUGUCUGGGGAUGUGUUUGAGGGAAAACCAGGAGGAUCUGUCAUCACUGAGACCAUCACAGAACCUGAUGAAGUAACAACCACAACAGUGCGCAAAAUAAUAAGGAAGAAAAUUAUCAAAAAAGUUGUCAUCAUUGAUGGUAAGCCUGUUGAAACAGAAGAAGUUAUUGAGGAGCCUGAAGAGGUUGGUGAAGUGGCUGAAGAAAAACCAGGAGAAUCAAUCAUCACUGAGACCAUAACAGAUCCAGAGGAAGUGACCACCACACAGAGAAUUAUUCGAAAAAGAAUAAUCAAGAAAACGAUUAUCGUUAAUGGGAAACCUGUCGAGACUGAAGAGGUUGUAGAAGAACCUGAAGAAGUUACCAAGGAAAUGGUACAACCUGCACUUUCAGCUGGCACGGUCUUCACGGAUACUAAGGAGGGAACCACCACCCAAAGAAGUAUUAGAAGGAAGAUCAAGAGAACUAUCAUGGUUGAUGGCAAACCUGUGGAAAGUGAAGAAGUCGUGGAAGAACCUGAUGAUGGAAAUGUCACAGAAGAAAUGCGUCCAGAUUAUUCUGUGAGCACUGAGACCAUCACAGAACCUGGAGUAACCACCACGCAUAGAGUCAUCAGAAAACGAAUUAUCAAGAAAAUUAUCAUGGUUGAUGGAAAGCCUGUGGAAGAAAUUAUAGAAGAACCAGAAAUUAAUGAAUCCCCUGAAACUUCUCAUCCUGCUGGUACAUAUGUUUCAGAAACCACAACAGAACCUGAAAUAACAACAAGAAUUAUCAGGAGAAUCAUUAGGAGGAAAAUCAUCAAGAAGAUUAUCAUAAUUGAUGGCAAACCAGUUGAAACUGAAGAAGUUGUUGAGGAACCUGAAGAUAUUGUAGAAGAAUGCUCAGGCACAGAUGUUCAACCAGAGUCAAUGGUCAUCGAAGAAAUCGCUGGCCCUGACACCACAACUUCAACUUCAAAGAUUAUUCACAAAAGGAUUAUAAAGAGAAUCGUUAUGGUGGAUGGCAAACCUGUGGAAACUGAGGAAGUUGUUGAAGAGCCAGGUAAGGAGGCAGUACUUGAGAGAUCACCAGGAGUACUAGUCACCACUGAGACCACCGCAGAACCUGAGCAAAUCACAACUACUAGUAGAAUCAUUAAGAGGAGAAUCAUCAAGAAGAUCGUCAUGAUUGAUGGGAAACCUGUUGAAACUGAGGAAGUUGUAGAAGACCCAGUGGAUGAGAUUGAGAAGAUGGCUGAAGAAAAACAUCCAGGUGAUUCUGUCAUCACAGAAACCAUUACAGAACCAGGUACAUCAAUUACUCAUAGCAAAAUCAGAAGGAUAAUCAAGAAAAUAAUUAUGGUAGAUGGUAAACCAACUGAGACUGAAGAAGUUGUAGAAGAACCUGAGGAAGUGACAACAAUUGUUGGUCAAGAAGUGUCCCCUGAGCAAAUGACCCAGUCAGAAUCCCACAUGACAGCCACGACCGUCAGGAGAGUCAUUCGUAGAAGGAUUAUAAAGAAGAUUGUCAUCGUCGACGGCAAACCAGUAGAGACAGAAGAGGUCAUUGAAGAACCAGAGGAUGUCACUGAGGAAAUGAUGCGAGACUUCCCAUCUGACUCUCCCAUUACCAAGACGAUCACAGAUCCUUCAGUGUCGCCAUCAACUGUGCGCAGGAUUAUUAGGAGGAGAGUUAUCAAGAAGAUAAUCAUAGUGGAUGGUGAGCCUGUAGAAACUGAGGAAGUGGUAGAAGAACCAGAUGAUGUGGUACUAGUGCAUGAUGAAGUGGCAAAACGUGAUGUGGUGUUGGAUGAAUCUAAAGGCGAAAUAUCAGACAUUUCAGUGAAGGAAAGUGUUAAACCAGUGUCAAAAAGGAUUGUGAUGGAAGAGGGCAAAUCUCUUGUGUCGGAUAUGGAGGUGGACGAGCCAGUAAUUGUGGUAGAAGGAACCCUUAGGGAAGAUACACCAGGAGACCUGACAGUUGAGGUAUCUGAGGAAAAGAAAAUAUUUGCUCUUCCUGUCCCUGAUCAUGCUAAUGACUGGAUGGAACUUAUUGAGGGAGGAGGAUUUUCUCUUGAGGAUGAGGAUGAGGAACCAGCAGUUGAUCAAGCCUCUCUGGAUGCUAAGACUGUUAAGAAUGUCGUGCAAGACAAGAAGGAAAUUGAGGAGAGGAAAGUUGAAAUUAAGAGUAGUGAAAAUGUGGAAACAGAAGUUGUCAACACUUCCAUGGAACAGCCAAAAGAAAAAGAGGUAGAUUCUAAGCCUGCCUUUGGCCUUGUGUUGCCAGAGCAUGCUAAUGACUGGUUAGAAAUCCUUGAAGAUGGAGGAUUCACUCUUGAAGAUGAGGAUGAAGAAACACCCAAGGAGCCCAAGGAGAAGGAAGUCAAGGAUGCCACUCCUUCCUUACCAGUCCCAGCAACUGCAGUUCCCGCAACUGAAGAAAUAACGACUAAGACUAAAGCUGAAGAUGUCAAACCAUUUGCCCUGCCCAUACCAGAUCAUGCAAAUGACUGGAUGGACAUGAUUCAAGGUGGAGGUUUUACACUUGAGGAUGAAGAGGAAGAAAAGAAACCAGAACAGGAGAGUGUUCCUCCUCAAAUCCCUGAGGAAAAGUCCACAAAGAAGAAAGAGAACCUGAAACCUGAGGUUAACAAACCAUUUGGUCUUCCACUGCCAGACCAUGCCAAUGACUGGAUGGAAAUAAUCCAGGAUGGUGGAUUCAGCUUACAAGAUGAGGACGAAGAACCAUCAGUUUCAGAGGGUACUGAAACAGCUACCAAAAGCCAGCCAGAGAUUCCCAAAGAUCUUGUUGUGAAGGAAGAAGAGAGCAAACCCAAGUAUGCGCUCCCAAUCCCAGAUCAUGCCAACGAUUUCAUGGAGAUCAUUGAGGGAGGAGGCUUCUCUCUCGAUGAUGAAGAAACAGAAGAAACUAUGGCACAGGAGAAACUGAAGACAGAAGAGGAGGUGGAGACAGAAGCCACGACAACUUACACAACUCUCAUUAAAUCAAAACAUCUUGUCCAUGCAACGUAUGUCAUGCAAGAAAACACGGAUGACCAGGAGGUUCACAGUCACAACCCAGGUCCUGAGAAGGAAGGAAAUCCUGGACAUGGAAAGAAAGGACAAAAAUCUUCAAAGAAAUCACAGGAAACAUCUUCAUAUGCCCUUGCCCUUGCCACUGGAAAGGCCCUCCCUAAAGAAGAACCUAAGGAGGAACCCAAGAAACCUUACCGCUACCGCAACCCAUCUACAAGUGAAGACCAACCUCCUGAAGACAAUCCUCAUCCAGCAGCAAAGAAAGACCCUGAAGGAUUCGAAGAAUUCGUGUCCAAGAAAGAAAAACGUCGAAGAAAGAUGCAUAGUGACACAGAAAAGCCAGUGUCAGAAGAACAAGCACAAGGCCAGUCAACAGAGGUCAAGGGUAAUCCUGGCAAUCCAGGUGAAGGAACUGAAAAAGAGAAGAAAACUGAGGUCCAGCCCACAACAUCUUCACAGCCAGAGAAAGAGGUGGGAUCAAGGAAGACCAAGGAAAAAUCUCCCAAAGAAGGCAAGAAUCCUAAAGAUUCUAACCCAGGCGACAAGAAAAAGAAAAGAAAGAAGGGUAAGGCUAAAGAGGAGGAUGGAGAAGACAGUUCCAAGACAGAAAAAGAGAAACAGUCCAGGCGAAAAGAUAAGAAGGAAAAGGUGGAAGUAACAAGUGUACAGACUGAUGUUGCUAAUGUUGUCAUGGAAACUUCUGUUUCUGAAGACCCAACCACACCACUAAAGGAGGAGGGUGAUUUGGUAAUUCCUGAACUCAAGACUGAAACUGUAGCUGAAUCAGAUGUGGCUGUUGUCCAACUGAAAGUUCAGGCAGACAGUAAACCAGGUGUUGAAACAAAGGGAACAGUUCCGGUGGUGUCAGACUCAGAGGGUUCUAUGGCAUCAUCUAUGCUCUCAGUUGCAUCUGUGAGCCCUCGCCCAACCAGUCCACACCUUAUCAUUGACGACCUGAGUGACAUUGUUCUGACUCCUCAGUGGAUGCGUCAGAGGCCGAUUGUUCGCACCUCAAGCACUGAGGAAAAGAUCAAAAUUCCGCUAGAGGAACGCAAAAAACUCUUCAAAACAAGAAGUGCUCCACUAGAAAGUACUUCUCUCUCCUUCGAAACAAUCGGCAUAGAUAUAUCUGAUGCUGCUUUUGGCUCAGUGCAGGAAAGAAAGACACUUUCAGCUAACAUAGAAAGUACAGGUACCUCUGACAGUGACAUCUCGGCCUUGGUUCCUGGAGAUGAAUACUAUAAAAACAAAAAGAAAAGGCCCAAGAAGUCAAGGAGCAGGAGAGGUGAACAUGACGAUGGCCAUGAUGAUGAUCUUGAUCAAGAUAAACCAUCUGAAGGUUUACAACUGCAAACAGACAUGGACACUGUGGAAGCUCUUAAGGAAGCAGCUGCACCAAGUAAACCUACAGACCAAGAUGAAGAUGAUGUGAAGAAAGACGAAGACAAAUUCUCAUCCCAAGAAAAGCAUAAAUCUGAACUUCAGAAGGAAGUCAAAAAAUCUGUGGCUGAAAAAGAGUCUGUGGUAGAAAAAGAAGAGUCUGUGGUAGAAAAGGAAGAGUCUGCAGUAGAAAAAGAAGAGUCUGUGGUUGAAAGUGUUACUGAACAAACUUCAUCUCAGGAAAAACUUGAACCAGAGCCACAAGCCAAGGGCGAGGAACUUGUGAAGUUGGAAAAUGUCAAACAAAUGCCACCUCAAGAAAAGCUUGAGAUCUGGGAAGAAGCAGGUAUUGAAGUCAUCACUGCAGGUGAUUUAGUAAUGCACCACGAGCAGCUCGUUUUGCCUGGCAUGAUUCCUCUGUCACAACAACAGGAAAGGCAAGGGCCAAUUGAAUCUAAACACCCAUGGACAUUUUCUAAGAAAGAUGAAAGUGUAGGUCUUCAAAAGGUUGUUCCAAAUAUCGAGGAGGCUCUUCAGGAGGCGAUGACAUCAGAACUCGAUAUUCCGGAAGAACGUGGGCAGGAACAGCCAAAGGAGGAGCCGAAGCCAGAACCAGAACAGCCACUAGCCAAACCUGUGGAUGGCUGGAUGCAUGUGACUGAUGUUGACAACUUCACCAAGGAAGUCGAAAGUGAAGAAAAGGCCCGGGAACAGCUUGUCAUGAAGGAGGAAAUUAGUUCCCAUGAUCAAGAAACUAUCAUGACUGAAGAAGGUGACAGUGUUUUAAUAACAACUUCGGAAGGGAAAUCUUUGACUUCUCUCGAAACAAUGACUGAGGAAAGUCAAUUCAGCAGCAUAUCAGCUGAUACAGAGAUGGUAGAGGAAAGCUGGAGUGAACAUAAAUCAAUAGAUUCUGGAGUGAGCAUUGCCACUGCUUCAGUUGAACAAGAGUCUAACCAGCAUCCCCAGUCAUAUGCCAACAUCCUCAUUACAGCUCCAGCUGUGAUUGUUGAAGAACCACCUGAAGAACCGAAGAAACCAUAUGUCUAUCGAACACCAGCUGUGGUUGAAAAGAUUAGUGUUGAAACUGAAGUUCCUGCCAUGCCUGCGGUAGAUGAGGAAGGAUUUGUAGAAUUUGUUUCUAAACGUGAAAGACAUCGUAGAAAGACACAGAGCACCUCUGGUAUCACCGAUGACAUCAAGGAGGAAGUGGACUCUGCUAUGGCGGAGGAACUCGGAAAGGAGGAAAGCAUACAGAAAAGCAAGGAUGAACAAUUAGAAGCUGAUCAUGAAGAAGAAAUUAGUUUAACAGAAAGUGAUGAUGAUAAUAGUUUGUUUAAAGCCCUGAAACCGAUGAAACCUAAGAAAUCAAAAGACAAAAAGGACAAGACUAAGAGGGUAUCGAAAAUGUCAGAGUCUGAAAUAGAGAUAUGUAACAUUGCGGCCGCCAUUGAAAGAGGAGAAACGCCUCCUAAACCAAAGGAUGUGGUUGAAUACGAGCACAGACUCUUUGCAGCAUUUUACUUGGGUUCUGAGUUGUGGUAUGAUGUCUUUGGCAUCCGUGAUGCUGAGAGCAAUUAUCACAUGUACCUGGCAACUACAUCACAAGAGGUUGUCCCUGAAGAUGAACCAAUCCAGCCUGACCUUAUUUCUGAGGUUGAGGAUCAAGCAAGACUUCAACCUGAUAAUCAAGUUUCAGCAGAGACUGAGCCUGACCAGUAUUUGAUGGUGUUUGAGCAGGAGUCUCCCAAGUAUGAUAUGAGUGCCAUCUUGGAGUAUGAGACGAGAUACUAUGAGUAUCUUACAAGAGAGCAGCAGCUUUUGGAUGAACCAAUAGAAGAAGAAGAGAUAUUGACCCCCGCACAGGACACACCUGAAGAGAAGAUACUAGUAGUUCAGGAGGAAAUAAGUAAGACAGAGACAGUGUCAGACCAAAAUGACACAUUAGAAAUCAGUCAGACUGAAAUCAAGAAGCAUGAUUAUGUAACAGAUCCAGAAAAGAUGCUAGCAAAUGCUGUUGUGCAAUUCGAAGAUCAAGUGUCAGAAACAGUUAAAGAUAUUGUAAGUGAAAGUGAGGAACUCGAAAUACCGAAGACUGAUGUUGAAGUGAAAACAGAUAUUGACAUUAUUCACAUGACAUCUGAAGUGACUUCUACAACAGUUGAUGUUAAAUCACAGGUUACCACAGACAUCGUGGCAAGUAAAGAUGAAGAUAUACCACUACUGACAGAAGUUGUACCAACUGAAUUUGUACAAGAAACGGAAACUGUAUUGCCACAGCCAGUUGAAAAUAUUGCAGGUGACCAGGCAGGUGAUACUAUCUCUAUACAAGAUACCGAAAAGGAGUAUCAGGCAUACUUAGCAGACUCAAGUGAACUUGAACCUCAACAUGAAGUUGAAGAGCAAGAAUUGGAUUCUGCUACUAGUGGUGUUCCCACAAUAUCUACUCUGAAUUACGACAUGUCAGCCAUCCACCAAGCUGAAACCAAGUACCACGAAUAUCUUGCCCAGACAGAUGAAGCAAGCACCUCAUGGGCUCGGGUUGUGGCUCAGGGAAAACCCGUAGAUGUAGAGGAUGUGGAGGAGGAGCCAAAGGAUGACAAAUCCUUUAUCAUGUACCAGACCAAGACAGUGAAGGUUGUGGUGACUGAUGAAGAGCCUCCUAAACCACAGGUGCCUGUAUCAGUUGACGAAGAAGGAUUCAAGGAGUUUGUCUCCAAGCAAGAGCGCCGUCGCAGACUGAGGUCAUCAUGCUCAGAGGAACCAGAAGAUGUGAAAGACAUUGUGCCUUAUGUACCACGAAUAGAGUUACCAGAAGUAGAAGUUGUGGAAGAGAAGGAAGAGGUUGAAACCAAAGAACCUGAACCUGUGAAAGUCAAACCUGAAGUACAAAUUGCGGAUGAAAGUGUAAUUGAAACAUUCGAAGCCGCACUUCAGCGUGUCAGGAAACACAAAGAAAGUCACAGAAGGAGCCGCACAUACACUGCUGAAGCUGAGAAGGAAGUUGAUGACAUUAUCCGUUUCAUGAACCGUGAUGAAGUCUUGCAGCAGUAUCUUGCCCUGGACUCCUUUGUGAUGGACAUGUGGCAGGCUAUUGACUGUGAGAGAAAAUACCAGGAAAUGGUAGCUUGGUCAACUGAGGAUGAUCUUGAAGCUGAGACUUUAGGCCUAAUGGAGGAAUCUAGUCAGACACAAGAAGAGUGCAUUGCCCCCAGCCCUUCACCAGUAAUUUCCCUAGGUGCCUUGUCUGAACCCCCUCUUAAUUAUCCUGUUCCAGCCACUUAUAUUGUCAAUCCUGAGCUAACUUCAUCUUUUUCAUAUGACAUAACCGCAAUCAAUGAGGCUGAGUGUAGGUAUUACGAAUACUUAGCGCAGCGUGAACUGGAUGUGAAGAGUGAGGAGCUUAUUGAUGUGACUGAAGAACCUUUACUGCCAACUGAAGGUAAGGUCCAGUUGCCAGAAUUGGUGAAUGAAACAGAGGUUGUCCAGAUUCCUGUAGUUACUGACGGAAUAGAUGGGGUUGUACAGAUGCCAGCAGCAACUGAGAAGAAGGAAGAAUUUAUUCAGGAAGCUAUCAUCAGUGAUAGAAAAGAGGAAGUGAUCCAAGAACCAAUGGUGGUUGACAGGAAGGAAAGGGUGGUCGAAGAACCUGCUGCUGUAGAGCAAAGGGUAAAGGUUCAUGAACCUGUGGUGGUCGAGAAGAAGAAAGAAGUUAUCCAAGAGUAUACACAGGUUGAUAGAAUCGAAGAGGUUGUCCAAACUCCGGUAGUUGUUGAUAAACAGGAGGAGACUAUCCUGAAGACUGUAGCAGAUGAGAACAAAGAAGUAAUUGUUCAAAAAUCAAUGGUUGUUGAUGAAAAUAGAGAGGUUGUACAGAAGCCCUUAGUAGUAGAAAAGGAAGAGGUUGUCCAAACACCUGUAGUGAUGGAAGACUUGAGAACUGUUACAGAGCAAGUACAAAUCCCACAGGUGUCAACAGAUAUGGUGGUUGGUGAAAUGCUCGAAUAUAACGUUACAGCCAUUCAAGAAGCUGAGAGGGAUUACCAGUUAUACAUGGCUGAUACACAUGUUCAGCCACAAGAAGCUGCAGAUGAACAAGAGGAGGAUGACUCCUUGUCUAGUGCAGCUGUUGACUCAAUGUCCACUCUGAAUUACGACAUAUCAGCCAUCCACCAAGCUGAAACCAAGUACCACGAAUAUCUUGCCCAGACAGAUGAAGCAAGCACCUCAUGGGCUCGGGUUGUGGCUCAGGGAAAACCCGUAGAUGUAGAGGAUGUGGAGGAGGAGCCAAAGGAUGACAAAUCCUUUAUCAUGUACCAGACCAAGACAGUGAAGGUUGUGGUGACUGAUGAAGAGCCUCCUAAACCACAGGUGCCUGUAUCAGUUGACGAAGAAGGAUUCAAGGAGUUUGUCUCCAAGCAAGAGCGCCGUCGCAGACUGAGGUCAUCAUGCUCAGAGGAACCAGAAGAUGUGAAAGACAUUGUGCCUUAUGUACCACGAAUAGAGUUACCAGAAGUAGAAGUUGUGGAAGAGAAGGAAGAGGUUGAAACCAAAGAACCUGAACCUGUGAAAGUCAAACCUGAAGUACAAAUAGCGGAUGACAGUGUCAUUGAAGCAUUCGAAAUAGCACUUCAGAAGCAGAAAGCAAUUCCAAGAAGAAGCCGUCGAUCUCGCUUGUCAGAAGCAGAAGAGAAAGAAGUACAAGAAAUACUGCGGUAUGCGGAUCGCGAGGAAGUCCUGCAGAAGAACGCUACUAAUGACUCUUUCCUAUGCAAUCAGUGGACAUACAUCGAUGCUGAGAAGAACUACUAUGAAUUGCUAGCCAGGCUCAAGAAGUCGAAUUUAGAUCUGGUGAGUGAUCAGGUGGAUGAUAAUGGAGAGGAUGGUGAUGAUGGUAGUGAUAAUGGUGGUCCAUCGAGUGGCCAUCAGCCGCCUUCUCAUGGUGAUGGGGAUGGUGGCAGUUCUCCAAGAACAUAUCAGACAGAACUCAUGAAAGCAGACCUCCCGCAGGGAUUGGCAAAUUGGACAGAUGAGAGUACAUAUCUUCCUUUAACACCUAACCUCCCACAUCAUAUAACAGUCAGCCAUUCCCUAGAUACUAACACCAUCACCACGACAACCAAACUGACUGAUGACACACGACUAACACAAGCGACUCAGGACACACUGACAGAUCAUCUCACACCCAUUAGCGAGACAGUAGAGACAGUGUUCAGCGAGAAGUCAGCCCCCUCGCAGGCUCCUUGUCAACCAAGUGCAGGACCCAGCCGGCACAGACAACUUCAGGAAGAAGCAAGGAAGACUAUUGCUUCAGCUGAGAAAUCACUGGACAACUUCCAGGAAAGAAUUAGGGCUCUUGUGGACUAUACUAUCGUUGAGCAAAUAACAACUAUCCAGACUCUUCUCAUCGAGAUGCGGAAGAUGGAAGAAGACCUCAGCAACCUGCACGAGAAGGGCCGCACAAUGGAGCAGGACUCAGAGAUGCUCAACAUGCUUGCCACCGUCUCAGGGCUCAAGACCCGCUUGAAGACUCUGCGCUCGGAGGCUGAAGGAAAGAAGAAUGAUAUUGAAACAAAGCAGAGUGAAUCUGAACAGCAGAAGUUCCACCUAAUCGAGUACCAGCAACUCCUCCAAGACCUCGAAUGUUGGGUCACUGAAACCUACUCGCAGAUCACGGCUGACGUCUGCCUUGGUUCCGUGACUGCCAUCCGUGAGCAAAUAACUCUCAAUCAGAAUCUUCAGCGAGACUUGGUUCGCCGUGAAAGUCAACUCAGUGAACUACGCAGCAAAUGUGAGCGUGUGCAAGGUGAUUCACACAUCCAGUCACUGGCUCAAGAGAUGACUGACCACCUUGUCUUCCUAAGUCAGACCAUCUGUGACACACGCCUUGUGCUUCAGAACCGUCUGCACCAGCUGAAGGAGAUCCUGGAGAAUGAAAGGAAGCGGUUACCUUCUGAUAGCCAGGACUCAGAGAAAGAGAGUGAGAGUACAAUUGCUUUAAAACAAGAGGACCAGCCCAUCAGUUUAGCAAAGGAACAAGUGCAGCAAGAAGCUGAUGUGACCACGGAACCUGAAACAACUGAAACAACUGUUUACAAAGUGAUGAGAAGGAGAAGUAUUAAGAAUGUUGUCAUGAUCGGUGGUAUGCCGGUUGAGACUGAAGAAGUUGUUGAAGAACCCACUGAUCAGGCCACUGAUGUGGAACCUGAGGGAACUACCACUGUUGUCAGAGCUGUUCGUAGAAGGAGCAUAAAGUCCAUUGUCAUGGUAGAUGGUAAACCAGUAGAGACUGAAGAGGUUGUGGAGGAUCCUAUCUCUGUGUCAGAGGAGUUAGUUGAAAAGGACAAUGUGCUCCUGGAAUCUGUUUAUGAGCCUGAUGUGUCUACCACCACAAGAGAAUUUGUGCCAAAGAGAAUGCAGACCCUCAAGGAUGAAAGAGAGUUCCUGGAUUCUGCUGAAGAAGUUCAGGAACCAGCAGUGGCAUCUACCAUAACUACCCAUCAAGUCAUAAGGAGAAUUGUAAAGAAGAUUGUCAUGAUUGAUGGAAAACCAGUUGAGAUUGAGGAAUUAGAAGAUCCUCAAGACAUAUCAGAUGAACUGAUGCAGGGUAAUCUUCCAGUAGAUUCAGUCAUCACUCGAACAACAAGUGAGCCUGACUUGACAACCACCACUGUCAGAACAGUUGUGCGUCGCAGAAUAAAGAAGAUUGUCAUGGUAGAUGGUCAGCCAGUUGAAACUGAGGAAUUCAUUGAAGAACCUGUGGACACCACAGUUGAGAAUCUUGAGGAUUAUGCUAAGCAGUCAGUAAUACCUGAAUCAUCUUCAGAAUCUGAGACAUUUACAACAAUCAGAAAAAUAAUAAAGAAGAGAAUAAUCAAGAAAAUUGUUAUGAUAGAUGGUAAACCAGUAGAGACUGAGGAAGUUGUAGAAGAACCAGAUGAUGUGACAGAAGAGAUUGUUCAAGCUCUUCCAUCUGACUCAAUUAGUGGUACCAUCACACAGCCUGAAGAGGAAACUACUACAACUGUUCGGAGAGUCAUCAGAAAGCGUGUCAUUAAGAGAAUUGUUAUUAUUGAUGGUAAACCGGUUGAAACAGAAGAGAUUGUAGAGGAACCUGAAGAUGUAACACAAGAAUGUAUUGUUCCUUCUGACUCAGUUAUCACAAAAGAAAUUACAGAACCAGAGACCAUUACUACUGUUCGUAGAGUCAUACGAAGAAGAAUCAUUAAAAAGAUCAUUAUGGUUGAUGGUAAACCUGUAGAAACUGAGGAAAUUGUAGAAGAACCUGAGGAUGUGACUGAGGAAAUGACACAAGGAAUCUGCCCAACAGAUAGUUCUGUUGUUACAGAAGAAAUUGUAGAACCGGAAACUAUAACCACUGUUCGUAGAAUUAUACGAAGGAAAAUCAUUAAAAAGAUCAUUAUGGUAGAUGGUAAACCAGUAGAGACAGAGGAGAUUGUUGAGGAGCCUGAGGAAAUUACAGAGGAGAUUGGUGAGGGAACACCAAGAGAAGCAAUUAGCACUGAGCUUAUCACUGAGCCUGAUGAACUAACAACCACAACUGUGCAUAGAAUCAUCAGGAGGAGAGUCAUCAAAAAGAUUGUGAUGAUUGAUGGUAAACCUGUUGAAACUGAGGAAGUAGUAGAGGAACCAGAAGAGGUCAGUGAGGAGAUGCUCCAAACCUUACCUAAAGACUCUGUCACAAUGGAGACCAUCACAGAACCUGAAGAGGUGACCACAACUCAUAGAAUCAUCAGGAGAAGAAUCAUCAAGAAGAUCAUUAUGGUCGAUGGUAAACCUGUUGAGACAGAAGAAGUCGUGGAAGAGCCUGAGGAAGUAAUUGGGGAAAUGGUUGAGGCAACUCCAGGAGAUUCAGUCAUCACUGAGACCAUCACAGAACCUGAUGAAGUAAGUACAACAACUGUGCAUAGAAUCAUCAGGAGGAGAAUCAUAAAGAAGAUCAUUAUGGUUGAUGGUAAACCAGUAGAGACUGAAGAAGUUGUGGAGGAACCUGAGGAAGUCACUGAAGAGGAGCUACAAGCCUUACCUAAAGACUUGUUAGCCACUAGGACUAUCACAGAACCUGAAGAGGUAACCACAACUCACAGAAUCAUCAGGAGAAGAAUCAUCAAGAAGAUCAUUAUGGUUGAUGGUAAACCUGUCGAGACAGAAGAGGUCGUGGAAGAGCCUGAGGAAGUAACUGGGGAAAUGGUUGAGACAAGUCCAGGAGACUCGGUUGUCACAGAGACUAUCACAGAACCUGAUGAAGUAACCACAACAACUGUACAUAGAAUCAUCAGGAGGAGAGUCAUCAAGAAGAUUGUGAUGAUUGAUGGUAAACCUGUUGAAACUGAGGAAGUUGUGGAAGAGCCAGAAGAAGUUAGCGAAGAGGAGCUACAAGCCUUACCGAAAGACUCUGUAAUCACUGAGACCAUUACAGAGCCCGAGGAAGUCACAACUGUACGUAGAGUUAUCAGAAAGAGGAUUAUCAAAAAGAUAGUUAUGAUUGAUGGCAAACCUGUUGAGACAGAGGAGGUCGUGGAAGAACCUGAAGACAUCAGUGAAGAAACAGUUAAGAAGAUCAUUAUGGUCGAUGGUAAACCUGUUGAGACAGAAGAGGUUGUGGAAGAACCAGAUGUCAGGGACAUGAUUCAGAGCACAAAACCAACUGAUACUGUCAUUACUGAAGAAGUUACAGAACCAACAGUUUCCAGAGUCAUUCGUAAAAGAAUUAUCAAGAAAACCAUUGCGGUUGAUGGCAAACCAGUAGAAACAGAAGAAGUCAUAGAAGAGCCUGUGGAGGUCACUGGAGAAAUGGUUGAAAGAACACCAGUAGAUUCAAGCAUCAUUGAGACCAUCACAGAACCUGAUGAAGUAAGUACCACAACUGUGCGUAGAAUCAUUAGGAGGAGAAUUAUCAAAAAGAUUGUGAUGAUUGAUGGAAAACCGGUAGAAACCGAGGAAGUUAUUGAGGAGCCUGAGGAAGUUAGUGAAGAGAUGGUUCAGGGAAUGCCAGGAACCAUAGUAGAACCUGAAGAGGUGACCACAACUCAUAGAAUCAUCAGAAGAAGAAUCAUCAAGAAGAUUAUUAUGGUCGAUGGUAAACCAGUUGAGACAGAAGAGGUUGUGGAAGAACCUGAGGAAAGGGAAAUGGUCGAGGCAACUCCAGGAGACUCGGUUGUCACUGAGACUAUCACAGAACCAGAUGAAGUAACCACAACAACUGUGCAUAGAAUCAUCAGGAGGAGAAUCAUCAAGAAGAUUGUGAUGAUUGAUGGUAAACCUGUUGAAACUGAGGAAGUUGUGGAAGAGCCAGAAGAAGUUAGCGAAGAGGAGCUACAAGCCUUACCUAAAGACUCUGUUAUCACUAAGACCAUCACAGAACCUGAAGAGGUGACCACAACUCACAGAAUCAUCAGGAGAAGAAUCAUAAAGAAGAUCAUUAUGGUCGAUGGUAAACCUGUUGAGACAGAAGAGGUCGUGGAAGAGCCUGAGGAAGUAACUGGGGAAAUGGUCGAGACAAUUCCAGGAGACUCAGUCAUCACUGAGACCAUCACAGAACCUGAUGAAGUAACCACAACAACUGUGCAUAGAAUCAUCAGGAGAAGAAUCAUAAAGAAGAUCAUUAUGGUUGAUGGUAAACCAGUAGAGACUGAAGAAGUUGUAGAGGAACCUGAGGAAGUCACUGAAGAGGAGCUACAAGCCUUACCUAAAGACUCAGUAGUCACCAAGACAAUCACUGAACCUGAAGAGGUGACUACAACUCACAGAAUCAUUAGGAGAAGAAUCAUCAAGAAGAUCAUUAUGGUCGAUGGUAAACCUGUCGAGACAGAAGAGGUUGUGGAAGAGCCUGAGGAAGUAACUGGGGAAAUGGUCGAGGCAACUCCAGGAGACUCAGUCAUCACUGAGACCAUCACAGAACCUGAUGAAGUAACCACAACUACUGUGCAUAGAAUCAUCAGGAGGAGAGUCAUCAAGAAGAUUGUGAUGAUUGAUGGUAAACCUGUUGAAACUGAGGAGGUUGUGGAAGAGCCAGAAGAAGUUAGUGCAGAGGAGCUGCAAGCCUUACCUAAAGACUCUGUAAUCACUAAGACCAUCACAGAACCUGAAGAGGUGACUACAACUCACAGAAUCAUCAGGAGAAGAAUCAUCAAGAAGAUCAUUAUGGUUGAUGGUAAACCUGUGGAGACUGAGGAAGUAGUAGAAGAACCUGAGGAAAGUACAGAUGGAGAAAUUGUACCUAUAAUCUCUGGAGGUACACGUAUUGUGAAAAAGAACGUUAAGAUCAAACGUGUUGUACAUAUUGUUGAUGGUAAAGAGGUUGUCGAAGAAGAAAGAUCUGAGACUCCAGAAGAAGUGCUUGAGUAUCCUGCAGGUACAGGCAGUGACCAGCCUUUAACUUUGCCAAUUAGUCAGGACAUAGAGAGCAUACCUUCUGAUACUGCCCAGUCCCCUGAGACUCCGGUUCAGCAGGCCAGAGUUAUACGUCAAUUGAGGAUUGUAGAUGGUCAACCAGUUGUAUCUGAAGAAAUCCUGGAAGGAGCUGAAAAUAUACCAAGUGAUGCCAGUGUUUUGGAAACACGAAAUAUCCAAGUUCAUGCUGUCAGACGUAGAAUGAAGGUAAUUCGUCGUGUACAGAUCAUUAACGGAGAAAGAGUUGUAACAGAAGAAGUUGUUGAAGAACCAGAGACAGAGUUUGGAAUGCCAGAAGAUGGAUCUGGAGUCACUGUCACAGACAUGACUGGAAGUACUCUAUUCCCCAAACCUCAGACGGAAACUAAUGAAGCCCCGUCUCCUUCCUCUGCAAUUCCUCUUCAGUGGAAAGAAGAAACCUAUCCUUCAAGCCUUCCCAAGAGUGAACCAGAAGAGAAGAUCACAGGAGAGUCUUACAAGAUAACUGAGGUUAUGCCCAAAGAGCCUCCAACAGAAGAACGCCCUCAGGACCCAUUCCCAGCACCUGUGAGCUCUUUCCCCGUCCCAGCUUCAGUCAGUGAUGCAAAACCAAAGGACGCAAAGGAUACCACUGAGGUCUGGUCUGGAGCUCUUUACACCAAAGCUAGUGUAGAGGAUUCCUCAGAAGAGACCAUUCCAGACACUGCUGGCCAGGCUCCAGUUCUCCCUGAACAGCCAGCUCAUCAUGAAUCUGAGGAAGAUUUAGAACCAUAUCCUCAGCCUGGUGACAGUCAGGGAGAAGAACCAUGGGAGGAAAUAGCCCAUGAUCUCAUUGGAGUAACGCGCGAAAUCUCCUUGACAACUGAUGGUGACUCAAGAGAAGUCAAAGACUCUGAAGACCAAAAGACCAAAGCUUUCCCAAGCCCUGAAGAUCUGGCGGUUCGGGCUGAAGAUCUGAAGCCUGUUUCUAAAGAAAGAAAAUCUAGUGCAGGUGAAUCUUUCCCUACGUUUAAAAGAAGAGAUAGUGGUGUUGCAGAAUUGUGCAAGAUAUUUGAAUCUCCUACAAAGAGCUAUGAUGCACCCGUCUACCAGAGACCAAAGCCAGUGGUGACAAGAGAGAAAAUCCAAGAUACUACCAAACCUUUCAAAUCUGUGGAAAUACCAGCUUGGCCCCCUUGCAAAGAAAAAGAUUUAUCUGUAAAGCAAUUCCCACGACCAGUAGGGGAUGUGCCCCUGCCAUCAUACAAAGAUUCUACUGUGCCAAGGGAUCCAGUAACAGGUUGCAGAAUUUUCCUGGAAGAAAAAUAUACUCUCAUUCCAAGAGAUCAACAGAUGGAGAAGAUCACAGAUAUGUCAUCUGGAGCACCUGCAGCACCUGCUCCUUCCCCAGAUUUCCCAGAAAGAAGAGAAGAUCUAGAACCAUUUGCAAGACCAUUUGAGUUUGGUGGAGAUUUCCGAUUCCCAGAAUAUGUCAGGCAAAAGUCUGAUACUGACAGGGAGCUGCAAACCCCCACUCAACCUCAAGCACCUUCCUGGGAAGAAAGAUUAUAUCAGAAACAUAUGGAUAACCUAACACCUACAUCCAUACCUCAGACCUCAGAGACAGCACCUGGUUUGCCAGAAAGAGGUAUGGCACCACCAGUAGAUGUAAAACCACAGUUCCCAUCUCCACAAGAGAGUUAUCCAUAUCCAGUUACCUCUGAGGAGAUCCAAAGAGUUAGUGACAUUAGGUCUCCCCAGUUGUGGGCAACAGGACAUUACCAACAGUCUACUCCUGCUGACCAAAGAGAACACAUCCCACAAGACGAAUCAACUAUGUUACCUCCAACAUAUGCUGAGCUUGCAGCAAAGAUCGUGCCAAGCUUCCCAAGCCCAGGAGAAGCACCCGUGAGAGAUGGAAAAGAGCCUCCACAGUAUACAGAGAGAGAGGAGACAAAGAGAGAUGAAGUGUUCCCAUUGCCUCUUGUCUCUCAAACUGAGGAAACACUGCGAGAUGUGACAUCAGUGUCAGUUUGGCCAGAAAAGAUUUACAGUAGGGUAGAUGUCAUUGAAGGAGAGGAGAGACUAUCACCUGAAGGUGAUACAGAAGCUCCAGCACCUACUCUGCCAGCUAAGAGUCCACAGUAUGUCUCAAAAGAAGCAGCAUUCCCAGUUCCUAUUGGAGAAUUCCCGGUGCCAUCUCAGAAGAAAGAUGAACCGCAGGAAGUAGAAAGACCAAGUGAAUUAUUCAAAGAUGUAUUGUACAUUCAUGAACCACCUGAAGAGGAGCUCAGAAUCAUCAGUGACGAAGAACAUAUUGGCAGGGCAGCCCCUAAGUCUCCAGAGUUUAAGGAGGAGCUUGUUACACCAGUAGCUCCAUUCCCUGAACCAGGGAAGCCAUCAACCGUACCUAAAGAUGAGGAUAAGUUCCCAACUCCUGUUGUAGGUCUCGUUGAUGAGCCUCGAGAUGUGACAUCAACUCCGAAGUGGACAGAGGAGCAGUAUGCUAGGAGUGACGUAUCUGUGAAGGAUGCUGAUAUCCCUCAGCAUGACACUCCAGCAAAGUUGCCACCAGCACCAGUAAAAGCUCCUCCCUUGUCUAAAGAGGACACACCAUUCUCUCGACCAGUAGGCGAAUUCCCAGAACCCACAGAGAAGCCUGAUGACAGACCAAGUGUACCUGCAAGUCAGAUACACAUGGAAACUGUCUAUGCAAGACCCUCUGAUGUAAAAGAAACUAGAAGAAUUGAAGAACACAGAGACCUUGAACUUCCUUCUAAAGAAAGCCCCAAGUAUGAGGAAGUUGAUGUAGCAAAGGAGGCAGAACCAUUCCCUGAACCAAAGGUGCUUGUGCCAAAAACUGAGAAGUUAGAGAUAGUUGAAGAGCUUUCAAAGCCUCAAGAACUUUCAUUCACCCUCCCAGAGUUUAAAGAAACUCCAACCAAGAAGAUUAUCGAGGCAUUCCCAGAACCAGUAACAGUUCAGACACAAGAAACACCACAGGAUGUCAUUUCAGUGUCACAAUGGAUGGAAGAACUCUAUCCAUCCAAAGAAGUUGUGGUACAAGAUCGUACAUUAGAAGAAGGAGAAAGAAAAGAGGAAUUACCUGAAAUACCGGUAAGAGCUCCAGAGGACAGACCUGUGAUAGCAGAUUUCCCUGUUCCAGAAGCAGAUUUCCCAGAGCCCCUCAAAGAAGCAGGUGAACCAAAGGAGGGAUUGAAAACUCAAGUAUUCUCAGAGAUUGUUUACAAAAAGCCAGAAGUGACAGAGGAUCCCAAAAUUGAAAUAGAAGAAGACAUUUGGGAGGAAGCGGUUUCAGAUAUUCCUGACUUCGGGGAAGCUGAUGAUAUUAAGGUUCAGGCUCCCUUCCCAGUUCCAGUAGGUGAUAUCUGCCAAACAGAUGAGACCCAAGGAAUGGAACCACCUGUAUAUGAGGACAGUGAUGAAGACAAAUUUGAAGAUUUUCCAGAACCCACAACAAGCAUACCUGACGAUACUCCUGAAGAUGUCUCAACAGUCAGCCCAUGGCAGGAUGAUUUGUAUAAAAAGAGUGAGCCAGUGGAGGUAGGUAGGAUACCCCAAGUAACAGAAGAAAUCCCUGUGCUUCCUCUACCAAUGAAGAGACCCGAAGAAAAGACACGGGAAGAAGGUUUCCCAGAACCAGAAGCACAGUAUCCUAAACCAGUUGAUGGUACCAGUGAGCCCCCAGCUGGCCCAGAUGCUGUCAAGGUAUUUUCAGAAGUUGUUUACACUGAAGUGGUAAAGACUGAAAAACCAGAAGCAAUUGAAGAGCCUGAAGACCUAGAACAUCCUACAGUUCAACCACCAGCAUAUAAGGAAACUGAACCUGUGCCCACUGAACCUUUCCCUACCAUUGGUGUUCAGGGACCAGCAAUUGAAAGUAUUGAAGAAAUCAUUAGGCCUGAAGAAACUACUACUGGACGUAGAAUAGUCCGGAGAGUUAUAAAGAAGAUCAUCAUGGUUGAUGGUAAACCAGUAGAGACUGAAGAAGUUGUUGAGGAGCCCGAGGAAGUUGAGGGAACGCAGGAUGAAUCUUUCAUUACUGAAACUGUAACUGAGCCAGAAGGGGUUAUUACCACACAUAGAAUUAUUAGGAGAAGAAUUAUCAGGAAGAUUAUUAUGAUUGAUGGUAAACCAAUAGAGACAGAGGAAGUUGUUGAAGAACCUGAGGAGAUAAGUGAAGAGAUGCUUCAGGGAACACCAGAAGAUUCAGUCAUCACUGAGACCAUCACAGAACCUGAUGAAGUAACUACCACAAUUGUGCGUAGAAUCGUUAGGAAAAGAAUUAUCAAGAAGAUUGUGAUGAUUGAUGGUAAACCUGUUGAGACAGAAGAAGUUAUCGAGGAGCCAGAGGAAGUAAGUGAAGAGAUGGUUGAGGGAGCUCCAGAAGAAUCGGUCAUCACUGAGCCUGAGGAGGUGAUUACCACUCACAGAAUCAUCAGGAGAAGAGUCAUCAAGAAGAUCAUUAUGGUUGAUGGCAAACCUGUGGAAACCGAGGAGGUUGUGGAGGAACCAGAAGAAGUCACUGAAGAGGAGUUGCAAGCCUUACCUAAAGACUCUGUAGUCACUGAGACUAUCACAGAACCCGAAGUGACCACAACUCAUAGAAUCAUCAGGAGAAGAAUCAUCAAGAAGAUCAUUAUGGUCGAUGGUAAACCAGUAGAAACUGAGGAGGUUGUGGAGGAACCUGAAGAGGUUAGUGAAGAGAUGCUACAGGCUUUGCCUAAAGACUCUGUCACAACUGAGACCAUCACAGAACCCGUGCAUAGAAUCAUUAGGAGGAGAGUCAUCAAAAAGAUUGUGAUGAUUGAUGGGAAACCUGUAGAAACUGAGGAAGUAGUAGAGGAACCAGAAGAGGUCAGUGAGGAGAUGCUCCAAACCUUACCUAAAGACUCAGUAGUCACUGAGACCAUCACAGAACCUGAAGAGGUGACCACAACUCACAGAAUCAUCAGGAGAAGAAUCAUAAAGAAGAUCAUUAUGGUCGAUGGUAAACCUGUUGAGACAGAAGAGGUCGUGGAAGAGCCUGAGGAAGUAACUGGGGAAAUGGUUGAGACAACUCCAGGAGACUCGGUCAUCACUGAGACCAUCACAGAACCUGAUGAAGUAACCACAACAACUGUGCAUAGAAUCAUCAGGAGGAGAAUCAUCAAGAAGAUUGUGAUGAUUGAUGGUAAACCUGUUGAAACUGAGGAGGUUGUGGAAGAGCCAGAAGAGGUUAGUGAAGAGGAGCUACAAGCUUUACCUAAAGACUCUGUAAUCACUAAGACCAUCACAGAACCUGAAGAGGUGACUACAACUCACAGAAUCAUUAGGAGAAGAAUCAUCAAGAAGAUCAUUAUGGUCGAUGGCAAACCUGUUGAGACUGAGGAGGUUGUGGAGGAACCAGAAGAGAUCAGUGAAGAAGAACUGCAAGCCUUACCUAAGGACUCUGUGACAACUGAAACCAUAACAGAACCUGAAGAAGUAACAACAACUCAUAGAAUCACCAGGAGAAGAAUCAUCAAGAAGAUCAUUAUGGUCGAUGGUAAACCUGUUGAAACAGAAGAGGUUGUGGAAGAGCCUGAGGAAGUAACUGGGGAAAUGGUCGAGGCAACUCCAGGAGAUUCAGUCAUCACCGAGACCAUCACAGAACCUGAUGAAGUAACCACAACAACUGUGCAUAGAAUCAUCAGGAGAAGAAUCAUUAAGAAGAUCAUCAUGGUUGAUGGUAAACCGGUAGAAACUGAAGAAGUUGUGGAGGAACCAGAGGAAGUCACUGAAGAGGAACUACAAGCCUUACCUAAAGACUCAGUAGUCACUAAGACUAUCACAGAACCCGAAGAGGUAACCACAACUCACAGAAUCAUCAGGAGAAGAAUCAUCAAGAAGAUCAUUAUGGUCGAUGGUAAACCUGUUGAGACAGAAGAGGUCGUGGAAGAGCCUGAGGAAGUAACUGGGGAAAUGGUUGAGACAACUCCAGGAGACUCGGUCAUCACUGAGACCAUCACAGAACCUGAUGAAGUAACCACAACAACUGUACAUAGAAUCAUCAGGAGGAGAAUCAUCAAGAAGAUUGUGAUGAUUGAUGGUAAACCUGUUGAAACUGAGGAAGUUGUGGAAGAGCCAGAAGAAGUUAGCGAAGAGGAGCUACAAGCCUUACCGAAAGACUCUGUAAUCACUGAGACCAUUACAGAGCCCGAGGAAGUCACAACUGUACGUAGAGUUAUCAGAAAGAGGAUUAUCAAAAAGAUAGUUAUGAUUGAUGGCAAACCUGUUGAGACAGAGGAGGUCGUGGAAGAACCUGAAGACAUCAGUGAAGAAACAGUUAAAGCCUUACCUGCUGAUUCUGUUGUCACUGAGGCUGUUACUGGGCCUGAAGUCACCACAACUCAUAGAAUUGUCAGAAGAAGAGUCAUCAAGAAGAUCAUUAUGAUUGAUGGCAAACCUGUUGAGACAGAAGAGAUUAUUGAGGAACCAGAAGAUAUCAGUGAGAUGAUUCAGGGAACACUACCAACUAAUAUUGAAAAAGAAUUCCCACUCGCUCAGUCUGCUCCACAUGAUGCACCAGAAGACUCAGAAGCUCUAGAAGUGUGGGAAGAAAAGUUCUACCCUGCAGAAGAUCACCAGCCUCUGAGACCGGAGAGUAUCAAAGAGGACAAAGAAGUGGCACCUGCCUUGCCAACAUUACCAAAGGAGCCUCCUAAAACAUAUGAGGGUGCACCAGAUUUCCCCAAGCCAGAAGAAAAGUUCACACUUCCCAUUGAGACUUAUGAAGAACCUGCUGAGUCCCCUGAUGUUACCACACACUUUAGUGAUGCUGUGUAUGAGGUUCCAGCAACACAUGAUGACAAGCCAGAAAUAAUCCCAACUGUCGAAGAAUCUCCUGUGUUGAUGCCUGAAGAAGAAGACUUUGAAUUGGAAGAGCCUCCAGCUGGUGUCGCAUGGAGAGAGGAGUUAGUCACCACUCGUCAAAUAUCUUCAGAAGACUCACCUCGAGAGGAAAGCAGACGCCAUUCUGAGGGUGAUGAAGUUGACUUAGCCACUAGCCUUCCCAAAUCAGAUUCUCAAGUAUCCAUUGUCAUCACACCUGCUGAAGAUCUGUCACCAGAAACAUCAACAGCAGAUAAUGACUAUACAGAUGCUGGAAGAACAACUUCGUAUGAUGAGACUAGCUCAGUUGAUGAGAUGUUCACAGCCGAUGAUGACGUACUUGCAUCAUCAGCCACCUCAGAUAGAAUCACAGAUGAUGAGUUGUCUGAGGAUGCUCCAAGGGAAUUAACAGAAGAGUCUGAAGAAGAACUACCAGAGGAGGAAGUACAUCCAGAGGAAAUUGAGGUAGUUACACCCACAAGGGAGGAUACACCUGAAGAUGUUGAAGUGGUUUCAGUCACAUACGAAGAAGCACCAGAAGAUACAGAAGCUAGCAAAAUCACUUGGGAAGAGCCUCCAGAUGAAAUAGAGGUGGUCACACCCACCGAAGAGAUCCCAGAAGUAGUGACUCCCACUCAGGAAGAACCCAAGGAAAAGGGUUUGACACCCACACUUGAAGAUGAAUCUGAAUUCUUUGCUUCCACCCAAGAAGAGUUCAUAGAGGAAGAUCUUAAAGAGGGUGACAGUUUUGUGUCACCUAUACAUGAAACUGUGUCAGAAGAGAAACCUUCUGAAAUCAUUUUUGUAGCCCCUGUCAAGGAAAAAUCUCCUGAAAAGGUCCAGAUGAAGGUUGAAGAACAUCCAGAUAUACAUAAAAAGGCUGUACCAGAGGCUGAAGUGAUUUCAGUAGCUGAUGAAGCUGCCUCUAUUCCAGCUGCUUCUGAAACCCCAGAAAAGAUACAGGUGACCCAAAAAGAGCCUGAAGAAAGUCAGGCAGGACUUAUUUCUGUAAUCUCUGCACCUCCAAGGACCCCAGAAAGGAUUCAAGUGAUGCCUCUCAUGCACGAAGCACCUGAAGAACUUCAGGAAGCUGAUCUUGCUGAAGAAACCCCAGAAAUGAUCUCUGUGAUCCUAACAUCUCCAAGGUCCCCAGAGAAGGUUCAAGUAGUGACUGAAGUGCGAAAAGAGCCUGAGGUAGUCACAGAAAGACCACAAGAUGAAUCUCCAGAAAAGUAUGUUACUGCAGUUGAGGUGCUUGAUGAAAAGCAAAAGGAGUCUCCAGAAAAACACGCAACAGUGGAAGAAGUUCCCGAAGUAAAGCAGAAAGAAACUGUAGAACAUUCAAAGGUUUCUGAUGCAGAAAAGGUACCAGCUAAAGAUCAGUUUGCAGCAGUUGAAAUAGUGGAGGAGAUCCCCAGCAUUCCAGAGUACACACAGAAAGAAUUUGAGCAGGCAGAGACUACCACAAAACAUGAGCCAGAGGAAGAAGAGGAGACUUACUAUGAGUCACAGACAGACACUAUUAGGGAGAGGACACCAUUAUCCCUGUAUACCACUCACGUGAACAAUCAGUUUGUUACCAGUAUAGAUCUAGACUCCAGGCCUGUUGUUGAGGGUGUUCAUCCAAAGGAUGACUCACAGGGUAUCCGAGAUGAACUGAUUGAUGAACACACAGCUGGGCCACCAGCGGAGCCGCCUAGUGUGCCAUCUGCACCAGUUGAGCCCGUAGAAGAGCUAACAGCUGGUGCUCCUGAUACAAAAGACGAUCUUAGCUUAGUUUCUGCUGAAACAGAAAAACUGUCAAUAAAAUAUCCAACCACAGAAUUAGAAGUUAUGGAAGAAUGGCAAACAAUUUAUGAGCUACUCAAACGAAAACAGAAAUUGAGGGAGGAGUCUGCAGCAAUAGUGGCUCCUUCUGCUCAGCUUUUAUUACCUUCUUCGAAACAGCCUUCUGGUGAUGAACAAAACUCUCGUGUAGAUGAAAAUAUUGUUUUGCUGCAGGAUGCCAUUAAGAAGAAGGAUGUGGUGGUGGUGCAGAAGGUCAUUAUUACCAUUGUGGAAACAGUCACCACCUGGCUCGAGACUAUUGAGUACCGUAUAUACAUCAUCAGAAACACUGAGGACAUCCAUGAACGGGCCCAGCAGUACGAGCACCUUCGAAACGAACUCCACAUUGUCGAGGAGAAGCUUACUAUCUUAGAGGAUGUGACUCAGUCUGCUGUAGAGAUCCUUAGUGAAGAGACAAUCGUAACUAUCCGAGAAACAGUUCGGUACCUCCGGCAACAGGUUAGUCAUGUUGAAAAAGUUCGUCAGGCAGAAGAGAAAGAACAAACACAGGACGAGGAAAGUUAUGCCCAGUACCUGACUGCAGUUGAUAAUGCAGAGAAAGAAGUGUCAGAUCUUAAAUCACAGCUUGUUGUCAUCCAGGACACACAGAUGCAACCAGAAGAGAAAGUCGCCAAGCUUGAGAUGAUUCUGACAAGCAAUGAGGACAUGAGAGACCGCAUAACCGAGUUGUUGCUCAGUUCGCAUGACUUGAGACGAACUCCAGGACGUCAAGUUGGGACUGAGCUGGCGACCAUCCAAACUGAACUGUGCGACAUACACGACAGUGUUGAAAAAGAGUUGGACCGCAUCCUGCGUCUCACCACAACCACCACCGAGUAUGAGGAGACGCUUAUGGAACUCACGCAUCUCAUAGAGAUGGCUGAGAGCAUUCUGGAGGCUCGGGUGGUGGCUCGAGACCUCGACCACCUCACGGACACCAUUGCUAAGCACAAGAAGCUCUUCCUGUCCCUGCGGCAGUGCCAGAAGGUGCUGGAAUCGCUGGACACGUGCUUGGAACCCAGCUCGCGCGUACACUACCAGCAAUUGUACUCUCGCUCUUACCUGAGGGCCUCAGUGCUCCUCGACAAGGCCACGCAGCGGAACCAUCAGCUCUCCCUGCUUGAGGCGGAGUGGCUACGUCUCCUGAGUCAGCUGACGGAGGAGGAAGCGUGGACCGUCACCGCAACGGAGCAGGUGACGCAGCUGCACACUGUUGCCGCUGACACGUACCAGGACAACACCAGCGCCUGCAAGGAAUGCCAGGACCUCCUGGUGGAGAGCGUGACGCACGAGGCGCACACGGGACAUCUGGUGGAGAUGGUGCGCAAGGUGAGCGACGCCAUCACGUGCACGCCCCUGGAGAGCCGGGUGACGGCGCACCACCAGCGGACCACGGCGCUGCGCCAGGACGUCGGCCGCCUGCUGGAGCGCCUCGAGGAACUGCACGUCCACUGGUCGGCCUACCAGACGCAGAUGGACAAGCUGCAGGAGUGGUGCUCGCAGGCCAAGACGUCCCUGCAUGAGAUCGACCUCACGCCGCAGGACCAGGAGAAGCUGAGGGAGCAGUUCAACCAGAUCUGGAAUCUCAAGGCCCAGUUUGAUAGUCAAAGUGUAUUGCUGAACGAAUGCAUGAACCACUUUGACAAGUCAGUGGGUCUUGUCAACAUGACGGAUGAAACCCAUCAGAGGCACUUCCUGUCGCAGUUCAAGGCCGAGUGGCGUGAGCUUGAGGAGCUCCUGCAGCAGAAGGAGCAGGAGCUACACAGGAUCCAGAUCCAGGUAGUUCCAGUGCCUCAGCUGCUGUCGGAGACCCAAGACACGCUAUCGGGGGUGGAGGUGGCCCUUCAGAGCAUCGACACUCACGUCACCUCCAUCCAGCAGCUCCGAGACAUAUCGGAGCAGUACAAGGUGCUGCGCAUCAAGAUCCUCAACAGCAAGGAGAACCUCGAACACCUGACCCAAGUCUCAACCUCCGAGGAAGAGCAGGACGAGGAGCUGCUCGAUACGUUGGGCCGCCUCUCACUCACGUGCCAGGAGCUCAUCUGCACCAUUCAGCAGCGCAUCGCCUCCCUGGAGUAUGUGCUGGACCACGUGCAGAAGGCCGUGAGCCGCGUGGAACGCAUCUCCCUCACCAUGAUGCACCUGGAGAGCACUCUCGAGCGCUGCCAGGCCGUCGAUAAGGAGGGCGAACAGAUCCUCAAGGCCGCCUUGCACUCGUGUAAGACCAUCUUCGAGGGUCUCGCUCGUGCCGAGGAGGACAUCAACAAAGUGAGGCAGUCCCUGGAGACCCUCCGCAAGGACCCGCACCACCCGUGCCACCUGGCCGAGCUAGAGGCCCAGAUCGAGACCCUUCAGGCCAGACUCAAGUCCAUCUCCGAGACCAUCAAGGAGACCCGCAGCAACCUCAAGAGCCGCCUGGAUGUGUGGCAGAAGUUCAUGUCGUCGUCCGACGCCGUGGACAGCUUCCUGCAGGAGGUUGAGUACCUGAUGGAAGGGGCGCCUGACCUGGCCUCCGUCAACCAGGACGCCCUCAAGAGUCACGUGGAGGAGCUGCAGAGACUUCAGGGCUCCAUGGCCAGCAACGAGAGCCUGUUGGAGAUGCUAAGGACGCAGGCCGUCCAGGUGGAGAAGAAGGACGUCGUGGAGACGCAGCUCACCCGCUGGAGCAACGUGUCACAACGCCUUGUUUCGGUUAUCUUACGCUACGAGACCGCCUUGGAGCUGUGGACCAGGUUCCUCACGGUGCAGGAGGAGGUCAAGGUGUGGGUCGAGUCCAAACUCACCCUCAUCGUCUCCCUUCAGUCCCGUGGCAUCGGAACCGAAGAACGAGGCCAGAUUCAGGUGCUGGUGGGAGAGGCGGCGUGGUCGGGCGAGCGCGUGACGGAGCUGCGGCAGCUGGCACGACAGAUCCAGCUGCACGUGGCAGAGGACGCCGCUCGCGACACCCCGCUCGUGGCUGAGGUCGAGCGCCUCGGCUUCAGAAUCACCAACCUGACGGAGGCCAUCACGCAGCUCAGCAACAACCUAAGCCUGCAGGCGGACCAAGAGCAGCAGCAGAAGCAGGAGCAGGCCCUCAAGCAGCUAGAGGAGGGCAUCAACGGUGCAAACACACUGCUGGCGCUGCCUGAACCGCCCGUCGAUGAGGCUGCCGUGCGCGCCACCCAGCUGAAGGACCAGCUGGUCGCGCUGGGCACGUCGGGCGGGCCCAUGCUGGAGGCAGGGCCCACACAGGUGGUCAAAGCCUGGCAGACGGCCGUGCGCGACACGCACACGCGCUACGAACAGGUGGUGGCGGGUCUUGGGGGCGACGACGAGCAGCUGGCGGCCGCGCUCACCACCUGGCGCCAGUACGUGGAGAGUGUGGAGGCCGAGAUGUCGGCGCCGGCGCCGGCCUCGCGCGAGGGCCUGCACGAGGCCUCCCGCUUGUGCCAGGUGCACCGCUCUAUCCUCACCACGCAGACCAACGUGCUCACCACGCUGCAGGAUCAGGCGCAGCAGGAGGACGCGCCACCCAGGAUCAAGGAUCUACAGGGCCGCCUGCGAGAGCUCAUCCUGCGCCACAAGACUGUCCUGACCACCGUAACGGAACGCGAGCAGGUGCUCCUGAGGACCAUCACCACCUGGGAGACGUACCGGGUCAAGGUGGCUCAGCUGCAGACCUGGAUCCUCGCCCUCGAGCAGGAAAAGCAGGGCCUGCAGCUGCGCCAGGUUGCCCGGCGACGUCUCGACAAGGUCAUCAGUCGCCUGCAGUCUUUGCUUGAGCAGCUGACCCGUGGCGAGGAGCAGGUAGAGGACGUGGCCAAGCUGUGCCAGCAGCUGGUGGCGUCCUGCGACCCCAGCAUCCACUCGAUCCUCAAGGCCGAGCUGGCAUCCUUGCAGCAGCGCGUCACCAACAUGCGAGCUGGCGUGGAAACCUGGCUCGGCUACCUGAGCCGCAGCUCGGACCUGUGGCGGCGCUACGAGGAGAACUAUGCCAAACUGCACACCAUCUUGAGUGAGAUGCAGGCUGGCCUGUCGGCCGAUCUGCCCUCGGACUUCAGCAGUGUGCAGGAAACCAUCAAGAAAUACAACGAGACAACAGCAUCCCUCGAGGCCCUCAGUGGCGACCUGUCGCUGCUCAGGACCACGAGAGAGGAAAUGGUGGAUUCCCUGACCCCGUCUGACCUCCGCCUGGUCACCCAGCGCAUGUGGAGGGUGACGCAGCUGCAGGCCGAGCUACUCCACCAGUACAGGCUGAGGAUCAGCACCCUGGAGGACAAGCUGGAGCUGUGGCAGCUGUACGACACCCGGUACCAGCAGUUCCUCGCAUGGGCCAAGGACAUGGAGGCCAAGAUCGACGGCGGUUCCGAGCAGUACAUCGACACCCUUAUCAGAAAGCUUGAACACGACUACCAGGAGGACAUAAACACGAAGAGCAUCGAGAAGUUGUGGUUGAUCUCGGAGGGCGAGGAGCUCCUCUCCUGCAGCACCGAGGACCAGGCCUCAGACCUCAAGAACAAGAUGCAGAACAUCGAGGCCACCUGGAAGCACAUUCAUGACAAGUGCACCAAUAGGAAGCAGAAGCUGCAGGACAUCGUCACGACCAUCAACAAGGCUGAAGUCACUCUCGCCGAGUUGAAGGAGUGGCUCUUCCUAAUCGAGAAGAAGCUCUCAAGUCCCGUGGUGUUCCAGAACAGCUCCAAGAAGGAAAUCGACCGCCUACUCGAGGCGGAGGAGGAGGUGCGCAAGGAGAUUGAGAAGCAGAGCGGAACGAUAUCCUCCGUCCUGAAUCUCUGCGAUAUGGUCAUUCGCGACUGCACCGAGUUUGACGCCAAUGGCGACACCGACUCGCUGCAGGAAGCCCACCAUAAUCUGGAGAGAAGAUGGGGCGAUAUUUGUAGCCGAUCUGCUGAGAGGAAAGUAUUCAUUCAGAAGACUUGGAAAAUGUGGCAGGAGCUGAUAGCUGUGAACACCGCCUUUGAGACGUGGCUGACCAGCAUGGAGUCAAGGAUGAGCAGCAUCACUGCCUCCUCGACGAUAGUGACCUACGCCAGCCUGGAGGAGCGAAUCGCCCAGGUACACGAGCUGCAGCCGCUCAUCCACGACCAGACGCUGCAGUACGAACAGCUCAACCAAAAGUACCGUGUCUUGGCGCGCCCUUACGGCAGGGAGAACAGGCUUGACCAGCAGAACGAGAUCCGCACGAAGGUCAAGACCUCGAAUGCCAGGUUCCAUACUCUCAACUACCACAUCACCGUCAUCCUGCGGCGGUUGAGGUACAGCGGCAGGAUCUACGAAGAGUUCAUCAGCACGAGAGAGAGCCUCCUGGGCUGGCUGAACGACUUCGACCUCAAGGUGUCCGAAUACGACAACCAGAUGCACUCUGACCUCGAACAAAAGAAGAAGUCCCUGCUGGAGCUCGUGGCCGAGUACGAGAGGCAUGAGGAGGACCUCAGGAACUUCGAUGCCAUGAUCUCGUACCUCUACCAGCGAAGUUGCUACACAGACUGUCUGAUGAUCGAGGAGAGCCUCGAGGAGUACUGGAUCAUCAGGAAACACCUACACAGACGCCUCUUGAGCCUGCAGGACGCUAUCGACGUGGAGAUUACCACCCAGAUCACCAACGCCACUGCGACCAGGCUGUCCGAGGAGCGCCCGGUCGGGGACCAGCAGGAGCUUGAAGGCGAGGACGAUUACCGGGUUCCUCUGGCCGCUGACACCGAUCUGGAGACGACCUUCACCACCACGGACGUCUCGCUCAUCGGAGCCGUCGGCGGAAGGUCUCUGGCGGUGGAGAUGAAGGCGGCGCUGGAGGAGAGCAAGAGACUGCUGAGGCAGUUGGAGGAAGCGCUCAAGUGCCCCACCCCGCAGGGAGCUGAGGUCGACAAGACGUAUUACUCCUUCUCCAAGCAAUUGGCCGGAUGCCGGUCUUCCGUGGACCUCCUGAGUUCCCUGAAGCAGCACACGGGCGACGACGCCGAAGCCAGGGAACUGCACCCGGAGAUCGAGGUCGUCCUGGAGGAGUUCACCCAACUCGAACUCCUCUCCCAGGCCAAGCAACAGAGGCUGAAGGAGAAUAGCGAGACGUCUUCCCUGACGUGCCCGCUGUGUUGCAGACGCAAUUGGCAGCAGUUCGAGAACGACAUGUGGCGCCUAGAACAAUGGCUCACCCACGCCGAAGCCACGCAGACCACGCAGCACAGCCCGCCCACGCCCAUGGAGCAGCUAGAGGAGGUCGCUCAGGACCACAGGGAGUUCCUGAUGGACCUGGACGGCCACAAGUCGGUCAUCAUGUCGCUGAACAUCAUCGGCAAGCACCUGGCCGAGCACACCCGCGACGAGCGCCGUGCCACGCGCGUGCGGGACCGCCUCACCGCGGCCAACCAGCGUUGGGAGGCCGUGUGCGCUGCGGCGUCCGUGUGGCAGGCGAAGCUGCAGACGGCGCUCAUGGGCAACGCCGAGUUCCAUUCCACCAUCUCGGACCUGCUGGCCUGGACGGACACCACGGAGGAGAGCCUGCACAAGAUGGCGGCGGAGGAGGAGACGGAGGAGGCCGCCCUGCGCGAGCGCGCUGGCCGCGUUCUGGACGUGCGGGCUGAGGUCGAGCGGUGCGAGCCGCGCGUCGCGUCCCUGCACGAGGCGGCGCAGCACCUGCUCACCACGCAGCAGGACGACCAGUGCGCGGCCGUGCGCGAGCGCCUGGCGCUCCUCUCGCGCCGCCUGCAGCUGCUGCUCCAGCUGUGCUCGCAACAGCUUACCCAGCUGUCGCAGCUCCUGGGCCAGGACUUUACCAGCUCGCUGGCGUCCCUGGCGUCGUCGGGGCUGUACGAGUCUGCCGAGUUCUCUUUCUCGCGGCCAACUUCACCCAGCUCCCUGACUGCCAGCUUCCAUUCCGAUGUGCAUGACGGCUACGGCGCGGAGGGCGGCGACGAAGGCGUAGUGAGACGCUCCUACAGGUUCUUCGGGCGUGUGAUGCGAGCUGCCCUCCCCAUCCAGGCCCUGAUGUUGCUCAUGCUCGGGGUGGCGUCGCUCGUGCCCACCUCUGAGGACGACUACGCCUGCAACAUGGCCAACAACUUCGCCCGGAGCCUCGACCCGAUGCUCAGGUACCCCAACGGGCCUCCGCCUUUCUAAGGUCGCCUGUCCGAUGUCGUCCUUCGAAGGUCCCGUCUCUCACCUCUCUUCGGAUGCUCGUCCUCCUACUCCUACUCCUCCUCGACUCCUCCGAGGGCGCGGGGCGUUCUCGUCUUCCUCCUGCGGGAUCCGACUCUUCGUGGUGGAUGCGCAACCUCUCGACCCCAAACCAAAACGCGACUCACACACAAACUCCUGAUGUUGAUUACCGAAAUGUUUUAAAAUAUUCGAUUGUGUUUUAUCGUAGAUAAAACGUACCUGUUUUAAGUGAAGAAAAAACUGCGUAAAUAUAUAUAUAGGUAAAUAUAUGAAUAAAUAAAUAUAUAUAUAUAUAUAUAUUCUAAUGUUCAGCUAACAGAUGCAACAUGAUUAGUUUAGUGAAACUGGAAGAGAAAAAAAUGUUUAUGUUGUUUGUUUGUUUUCCGUUUAGGUUUAUUCAGUUUUGUGAAUUGAAAGCACAUGGCAAAGUUGUUGAUUUUUUUACUGAUUGAAAUAUAUAUAUAUGAUAUUUUAAUGGUGAUGUAAUGGUUCAAAAAGUUCCUUAUGUAAGUGCCCGCCGUUCUCAAUUGGUGAUGAAGGAUCCUGUCAACAAAGCUUCAUCUCUUUUAUUUUUUGAAUAAUAUUUUUUUCGCCCAGGUUAAGGAUGUAAACGCUGUUUGUUGUUAUAUAUAGUCAAGGAAAUGCUUAAUGUAGUAAAAUUACCUUUUAUCCCCUUGGCUGUGACUGAUAUGUCUUCAACUUGUUAGAAAAGGAACUCUGCUUUUUACGAUUUCUCUUUUUUAUCUCGCUCGCUCUUCACACUUUCGUCUUGUUUCUCUCUUUCCCCUUUUCCUAUAUAAAUGGACAUAUAUAAGCGUGUGUGUGUCUAGAGGUGUUGGACAAUCUCGUGUGAAAAUGAACACACACACACACAAGAUGAUAUUGAUAUGAAUAUAUGAACGCACGUCUGAAGAUCUGUCAGCCACACACACACUACAAUGACGUUUAUUAUACCUGACUACCCAAGUACGGACAAAAAAAACCUGGUGCUACCAUCUAUCUAUACUGUAUAUGGUGAUUUUUGGAAAGGCUUAUUGUGGUACUGGUGUUUAGGUGCUAUAUGAAUUUUUACAAUGACCUGAAAGAAAGAAAGAGGACUUUUUAUUUACUGAAGAAGAAAAAAAAUAUAUGAAAAUGAUUUUUUUUACAGAGAGAAGGUAUUAUUGUGUGUUUAUUUGGAUCUUUUCCUUUUGGUUCUCUCGAUUUGACUUUGAAUUGUGAAUUCGAUGGACUCAGGUUGAAGAGUUGGUUUUUAUUAGUAAUUUUAAGAGAGAUUAAUUAGAGAAAACAUAUGAAUGAAGUGAUAAUAUCUUAUAGGAGUCAUUAAAGUCAUCUUGAGGCUGUACUCUGUUAACUGUAGGUGAUAUUUAUUUAUUUUUCCUUUUUUUUUUUUUUUUUUUUAUUAUUUACAUCCCUCUAGAUCACAGUUAACUGCCGACGAUGACUAAGGGUUUGUCUCGUGUUAGACUACCCCCCCCCCCAAACUUAUUUAGGUGUAUAAAUCUUUUAUCAGUCAUUUGUGAUAAGUGUUCAUGCUCCUCGCCCAAUGUUGGAGCUCAUCUGCUGUAAGGUUUAUGGUUUAGGCAUAUUUGAUAUUUGGAAUUUGAUCUUUUUUUAGGUAUAUUGUAAUUCACGAGGAUAGAAGUGAUUAUUUUCAUCAAAUGUACUUAGCAAUGAUUUUUAUUUCUUACAUGGCUGAGAUAUGUUACCCUUCCUUUUUUAUCUCCCUUUCCUCUCCCUCUUUCAUCCUUUUUCCUUGUAAAUACACCUUUUCCUCUUUUUAUUGUUAGCUCUUAACUUACUCUUUUUUAAUUUCCCUUCAUCCUUUUUUUAACCAAAUUUUCUCCCCUUGUCCCAUUUUUUUCUUUCUCACUCACUCUAUGUCCGUCUUUCUCCCCUUUCUCCUUUUUGUAAAUUCACGGCAUUGCUGAAAGCCAGUCAUAGUAAGGGAAACCAAUAAUGCAGUAUGGAAUGGACGGUUAACGUGGAACUUAACCCUCUGUUUAUCAGGAGACGAUGGUUAGUUUGACAGCCCCACCAAAAAAAAACGCAGGACAUAAAAAAUAUAUAUAAGAAAAAUAAGAAAAAAAUGUAUUUAAAACAUCACUAUCCCUCCAUAGGCUCUGUUGCCUACUGGGUUUCUUGUCGCGUCCCUGGCUUUGUCGCGGAAGUACAGGGGCGAGUCGGUAUAUGAUCUAGAAAAAAAUGUUAGGACUGUUGGCUCCAUCUCUCUGACACUGUAUAUUGUGUUUCUGUACAAUGACUGGUGGGACGCCGUGUUAUAAAAGCAACUUUCAGAUGAUGCACUUGUCAAAGAAACUAUCCCCUCGUGUAUUAAAUUUUUGUCAGUAAUGUUCUUGUUUUUAUUAUUCUAUUAUUGUUUCUUCUUCUUCUAGUAUAGGGUCUAUAAGCUUAUUCGCUUUGGAUGCUUCUUGAUGCAGAUAAUAAUCAUUUUUGUUAUGGCUGGCCAAAGAAAGAAUGUGUUUGUUUGUUCUCUCUCGUUUUUUUUUCCUUUUUUUAUUUUAAAUACGUGGCGAUAUGAUAAGGUCAUAAAGUUGAACUAUAGUGCCUGAACUAGAAUGUCCCUAGUUUGUGCAGGCUGUGAAGUUUGUGCCAUAGAUACGUGACCAGCCAAUAGGAAAAAAGAGCGCGAAUGCCUAGCCAAUCAAAAACAAAACAUAAAUGAAUAUUUCAAAAAAUAUGUUACAAAAAAUUCAUAAUCUUUCACACUAAAAAGUAAAAAAAAAAUAAUGCUUUGCCCAGCCAUUGGCUAAUCAAAACUGCUUCAACACCCAACCAAUAGCAGCGUCGGACUUCCAUCCAGUAGCAUCGCUUUCUUUCGCCAGUGUUGUAGCAGAGCACGCGCUAAGGGCGGUCGUUUAUACCAUGGUGUGAGUUCUAUUCAUACAAAUAUACGUGUUCUUAUAAA